AUGAGUUUGUUUAGGAAAGUUACUAGCAACAAACCCCCAACUGAGCCUCUGACACUAAUUGAGUUAGUCAGCAAAUACUUGACUAUUGCAAUUGCCAAGAACACUCCACAACUUUUACUUGGUCUUUACAUUUAUUUAGCUUUGUUGAACAAACUUUUUGAUUUUGACAAAACAGCUAUUCAUAGAGAGUUAACAGAAAAAUUGGUAAUAAAAGGUGUUAAACAAAUUUAUAUUUCAAUAAGUUCAUUUGCUCUUCUAACUAGUGUGGGAGCUGUAAAUGAGAUUAUCUUUAUGGAAUAUGAAUGUAUCUCACCACUCCCUCGAACUGGAGACAUGCGCUUUGGUACUUCAGUGGGAUUAGUUGUUGUGCUGAUUAUUAGGAUUUCUAUCUCAAAAGAUGAUAGAAAGGAUUCAACCACAUUUUAUGAUACAAUCCAUCGGUUUAGAGAGUUGAAUUUGAUUGGUACUGUAAAUAACUAUAUUGAUGCCAUAAUAAAGGAAAAGAAAAUGUUGGGGAAAAGAUCAACCAACUUAUUUACAAGAAUAGUAUCUAGUAACAUAAGAAACUUGGAUCUGAAGAAUGAUGAUGUCCUUUUAAGUGGGAUACUAUUCAAUGAUGACAUCCUCAACAAACAUCAAAGUUUGAGAUUAAAGCUCCAAGAAAACCAACUUCUAGCCAAGUUUAAUGUAUAUUUUAUUGAAUCAAGUGAUGUAGAUGAGGAAGAUCAAUUAAACAAAAUAUCCUAUUCUCAUUUAUUGAUCAUACAGAUAGUUAACUUUCUUUGUUUUAAUUUAGGAAACAACAUAAAAUUAUGUUGUGAUACAUUACCAUCUUCAACAAAGAAAAGAGGCAGCAUCAAAUUUCCAGAUUUUAUGAUUUAUCAUAAAAAUAAAAAUAAAUCAGCAAAAUAUGAAUUUUUAUUUGGUGAGAUCAGUAAUGGUCCUUAUAAAAAAAAUAAUGAAGAUCAUAGAAGAGAUGAUUUCAUAUGUUUAGCAAAAUUCGGGAAAGAUGAAUGGGACUCAAUGAAGUCAAUGUAUAGUCAAACUGAUGAGCCAUUCAAUGUUUCACACAUGAAUAAAAUCAAGUCAAUAAUGCUGCAUUUCCAUGGUAAAAUGAUUGAUGUUUAUAGCAUCAAAGUUCCAUUUUUUGAUAAGGGAAUUGUAGCAGGAAAAUCCAAAAAAGUUUUAAGAUUUAUAGAAAGUUUACAUAAUGUAAAUAGCUAUAUAAAACAAAAUUAUGAGAAUAUAAUGAAUUUGGACAAAAUUAUUGUAAAUAGUAGAUCAUCAAAUACUGAAUUUACAGGUAGAUUAAGUGGCAUUAGUAACAUCUCAACAUGUAAGUCUCCUAAGAAAAAGAUUAAG